UCCUUUUUUCCAGAAAGAUUCAAAACAGCGUCAAGUGUGAUACGUGCUGACACGACGUGAGUCUCCUGAUAUCUCACAGUUACACAGCUAGAUGCAAAAUUUAGAACCAGUUAGCCAUGAGUUUUCAAGGUUAAACAGAUAGUAACUUACUUUUAAUUAUAAAGUCUAUUAAUACAUUCUGAAAGACAAGAUAUUAGGUAACUUAUUCACUUAUUUAUUUUGGAAAAAAAUGACAUGCAUGCCUAUGCUAAAAACUGUAUAACUAAUAAAACUUUGACGAAUAUUCAUCCAUUCAUUUAUUUAUUCAUUCAUUCAUUUAAAACUAAUUGUUUCCGUUUAUACAUAUAUACGUAUUGCAUUUUUCAUUUUUGUUGGCCUUAAUAUUUCAUGUUACGUGUGAAGUAUAAAUAAAAAGUGUAUAUCAUACGUCUAAUGGAAAUUCCAAUUUAUGUUUAUUUAUCAGUCCGUUUUCUUACUUUUUAGCACGAAGCAUAAGGUAAUAUAUUUAUAAUUCAAACAGCAUGACACUGGGUAUUUUAGUUGCAAUACAAAUUAAGUUAGCAACUUAAAAACUAACAAGUGCACAUAUAUCAGUAUAUAAAGCUGGACUGCAUAACUGAAGUAUUUAAUGGUAUUUAGAUUUGUUUUAUCACAUUCUAGUUUUGUCAGUGGUGUAUGUAGCCGUAUGACGGAGAUAUACAUUAAUGAAGAUCUUUAUUCCUUACAAUACUUAUGUAUGUAUAUACAUUGCACAAAAGCGUUUUUGCCGGAGUACUAAAAUUUUAAAAAUGUUUAAUAAGCAGAAAGCAAAACAAACCACACCGGUUAUGGAUAAAAUCCUCCAACAACAGAUAGGUGUAACCAUUUAUUCUUAUAUAUUUUAGAAAGGAUUGGAAACUUGUGGUAAUAGUCGUGAAUUACCAUCAACAAAAGAAGUAGUUCUUGUGACAAACGAAAACAAACAUGUGCAAUCGACGUCAACGUGCUAAUUUUAAAAACAUGUUUUAUCUCAUUAAACAACUCUCUCCACGAUCUCUUUUUGUUUUAUCCGUACUUUUUCGUAUGGUUUCAAUAUCUGUCUCUGGUCAACCUCUUCAACUGACGGCGGAAAGCUUCCCGUGUGGCCCCGUUAGUUUAAAUGUGAUAUGUGAACGGUGGGGCUACGACACAUGUAUCUCUGACAACGACGAGUUUUACUGUCUUCCCUGUUCCCAUGAAUACCUAACAACUUUAUGUGGUACGCAUGAAGAAAUACAAGGUUGUAACCUCUAUUGUACGCAGAUUGCAGUGAAUAAAGAAAUGGAAAAGCUAAAGUCAAACUUUUCAGAACAACAGAAUAAACUCCAAGCACAUCUUGAUAUAUAUAUGAAAGAGAUAUAUUUUCAAAAGAAAAAGACAAAGUCACUGGAAGAAUCUCUGGAAAAUAAAGAUAUAGCUUUACAAACAUUAGCGGGAAUUCUUGCCCUUGUAGUGUUACUAGUUGUCAUUUGUAUAACAAGUUGGUGUAUCCGCCGUAAAUGUGAUACAAACAGAUACGACUGUGAAAACGCCGAAAUUACGGCGUCGACCCCACUUACCAGAGAAGGAAGUCAUAAUAACUUGAUGAGGGUGCCAGAAGGCACACAGCUGAAAGAACUUAAUGCGCCCUCUGGCAACAUAGAGAGGUUGGCAUUCAAUGACAAUGAAGAGGGGGAAAACAAUAGAUCAGACUCAGAACAAAGCAGUUAUAUACCUGGUAAAGAAUGUCCUGCAAAUACAGUGCCUCGUGUGCCUGUUACAAACCAGGACGGAUGCAAUAAAAUGGCAAUCUCUAAAAACAAAAACGAUCACAACCACAAUCUAUUCAUGGAACUGCAGUCCCCUAUAAAUUCAGAAAGGGCUCCGUAAAAGUACACGUGUCUUCGCACUUUAGCAAAUAUCUUUGAUGACACUUUAAAACAAAAAGAUAUUUAAGACAUAUUUAUCUUUUAAAAAGAAAAUGGCAAUUAUUUAUGGUUAAAAAUUUCUUUAGCCAUGUAUAAAAAAUGUGAAACAUUUGAAACAACCAUGGACUAGUCAAAUCAGGAUUAGCAUAAUGUUAAUAAGAAUAAUGAAAUAAAAAAAAUAAUAACAAUAACUAAAUAAUCAAUUUAAUAUUUUCACAUUUUGUAUUAUUAAUUCUUCUAGUAUUAUUAGCAUCAUUGUUGUUAUUCUCAUGUAUGUUGUUGUUAUUAUCGUUUUAUAUGUAUUAUUAAUUAAUAUCAUUAUUGUACUUGUUUUAUUUUCUCCUUUGAUUUGAAAUUCUGCUCAACACACAUUCCUGUUUUUAUUCAAUUUUAUUUAAAUAUUAGCAUGUAGUAAAGAUUAAAAAAUAUUUGUUUCCUUAUACCCGUCUCAUUGGUUAACACUACCAACAUCAAAACAAUACAUGGAUAACUACUUAACAUGCAAAUGAAGACGAACAAUUGUGACAAAUUAAAAUAUCUUAAAUUUUGACAAGCUAAAUAAUAAACAAUAACGUAACAUUGAGUUGAGAACCAUUGCAUGAUUUAAAACAUUUAAGGGGGUAAAUUGAAGUUAACUGGAAAUAUGUACAACAUAACAUAUUAUCCAGUAUAUCAGUCACGAACACAACUGAUAAUAAUGGCAUCUUUUCAACAUUAUGAAAAAAAGGAAAUUUUUCAAGAGAUAAUGAAUUGUUUCCGGUUUUUCCGUUGACAGUUAAUGCGCAUUUUGAAAGAAAGAAAUUACUUCCGUAUACAAGUCAUAAGUACAUUAUAAUAGUAAGCGACACUUACGGUACCAGUAUCAGUAAACUUUAAUAAAAUUAAUAAUAAUAGAUACGUUUUGUAUUUACAAUAAAUGUUUUUUGGUGAAGCCCUAAUACGUAUUAUUAUUAUUUGUUUUAAAAAAUGGAAAGCCAUAGGCCGCCCCGAACACGACAAAACUGAACAUAUUGCAAGAUUGGUUUGACUGAGCCUGUAAAUGGACGAUAGUGGAAAUGCAUGAUACCGCCGGCGCCCUUUAGACUCGGGUUGAGCGGAAUUCAACAAUUAUACAUAUUAUAAUUUAGGGACAUCCGAAGAUGUGCUCAUACGGCUGAGUAUAUGCUAUUGGGGAGCCAAUUUCAGCACUUUAUUACGAAUUGAAAUUACCUUAGCUUUAGUACAGCAUGCCAGCUUUUAAUCUAUGAAAAAAUAUUUGAGCUCUGGAUAAACAGAAAUCCCACAGGGGUCCGUAACGGACCAAGGGUACAUUGAUAAUUUUGGAACUUCAUCAAAUCGCUCAAAAUGUCAUUUUUGAUGUUGUCUGAGAGUGUCAGUAUAUGCCUCAGAUGUAAGAUAUAACCGUAUUUGAGAGCUGCAGACCUAGACAUUUCAGAAAUGUUUUCAAAAUAAGUUUCGUGUAAUAAAUGUUGUUUCUACGGAAGCGUGAAAGGGCCACCAGACGCUAAUACGUUUUAGUACGUUAAGGCUGCGGAAAGGAUAUAAUAUAAAAUCUGGAAAGUAGAACCUGCCCAUAAUCUCUUAACAUAUGGACACCCUCUGUGGUAAGGGCGUUUUCCUAAUCUCUGGAAAGUGAACAGAAUAUUAGACUUCUUAGCAACUCACAUAAAGAUUUGAAAAUCAGGACACCCUAAUUUAAACUUCCUUUUCUGUUGUCAAGAUUUUUAUGACAGUUUACUAUGAAUCACCCUCCCAUUCAACUUUGGAUUUGGAAGGUUUUCAGUAACUGCAACUCUGUUUAGAAUUUUCUUAAAAUUAUAUCCUUAAGUAAAAACAAAAUUUAAUGAAACUAUU